AAAUGCACCAAAUGUCCAGAAGAUCAACAUCCAAACACCAAUCAUGUUCACUGUAUUCCCAAGAUUAAAAACUACCUUUCUUAUAAAGAAAAUCUGGGAAUCAUCCUCACUUCCAUUGCCUUGUUUCUGUCUUUAACCACAUGCUUUGUCUUGGGAAUCUUCAUUAAAUUCCUGGAAACACCAAUUGUCAAAGCCAACAACCGUGACCUCUCUUAUAUCCUCCUUGUCUCCCUCCUGCUUUCCUUCUUGACCUCCUUCCUCUUCAUUGGCCAACCAAGGAGAGCCACCUGCCUUCUUCGACAAACAGUCUUCAGCAUCAUCUUCUCAGCUGCCAUCUCUUCAGUCUUGGCCAAAACAAUCACAGUGCUGUUAGCCUUCUUGGCUACAAAACCAGGGAAUAAAGUGCAGAGAUGGCUGGGGAAGAGCCUAGCCAACUCCAUCAUUCUUUCUUGCUCUGGUGUCCAAGUUGUCAUCUGCAGCAUCUGGUUGGGCACUUCUCCCCCAUUCCCUGAGUCUGACGUGCACUCCCAACCUAGAGAGAUCAUCCUACAAUGCAACGAAGGCUCUGUCACCAUGUUUUAUGUUGCUCUCAGCUACAUGGGCUUCCUGGCUGCCACCUGCUUCAUGGUGGCAUUCUUGGCCAGGAAUCUGCCUGGGGCCUUCAAUGAAGCCAAGCUGAUCAGCUUCAGCAUGCUGGUCUUCUGCAGCGUCUGGGUCUCCUUUGUGCCAGCCUACAUGAGCACCAAAGGGAAGUACAUGGUGGCUGUGCAGAUCUUCUCCAUCUUGGCCUCCAGUGCUGGCCUGCUGGGCUGCAUCUUCAUCCCCAAGUGCUACAUAAUCCUGCUAAGGCCAGAUCUCAAUACAAAAGAACAUGUGAUGUCAAAAUAA